GUGAUCAUUGCUUUCCCAACACACAUAUGUAGGCAUCAUUGCGCUGUGUGUGGGUUUGGUUCAAUGUCAUAGUCCUCCUCAGUAAGCGCAUGCUGCACUGCUCCUUGUACAAGACGUCGCCCAGAACGCAUUAGCGGCAUCUCUUCCGCCGAAAAUCCCAACAAAUGUCAAUCACGUUCCUGUAUGCCAGUGGCUUUAAUGCCUUUGGUCAGCUCUCUCCCGACUCAACUCAAGACAUCACACAGCCUGAGGUGCUCGUAGUCUCUCAGGACAGCGACAUCAAGGACACCAAGGUCUUGUUUUCUGGCUGGAGCGAGACUGCAUUCUAUCAGCAUGGCAGGGGUAAGGCAAACGGUUGCAUCAAGAGGCAUGGUAGCACCAAGAUCGUUCAAGAAGCACCACUAUUCGAUCUGACUUCAGGAUUUGGCGAUCACAAUGGCCUUCUAGGCGUCCUCAGUCGCAAAGGAGGUGUUGCCUUUACCGAGGACAAUCAAAUUGAAGCACAUACUGCAACAGCAGACGCACUCUCAGACGAAGAAACGCCAGGCAUUGCAUAUUUGGCUGUAGCCGGUAAUGGUCAUGUUGCUGUCGUACUUGCGGCUGCCAGUUCUCCUCGAAACAGCAUCUUGGAGUUCACGUCUUUCGCCAAAUUUCGCGAAUGGUUCGACGACGAGGUGAAUGACCUGCAUGGUCCUAGCGCCAGCCAUACUGUUCCUGGUCGUGUUGCUCAACUAGUCGCCAAUGUCACUGGAUUCGUAUGUCUUACGCAGGACGGCAAUGUCUAUAGCUGGGGUGACGCAAGACAUAGCUCACUAGGUCGUAGCGUCGCUGAGACAGAAGCGAGAUAUCCAGGACUUGUCGGUUCGCUCGGGGGUGUCCACAUCAAGAAGAUCGCCUCCGAUGGGUGGAUGACGGCAGCCUUGUCAGAAGACGGCGCAGUGUAUCUUUUUGGCACAGGAACCCCUGGCACUGAGCACUCGAUAUCCUGUCUUCGCGAGCUGGAGUCGACACAAGCAGCACUGGUCGAGAUCGAAGGGACAGGAGAGUCCCUCGACUUUCUGGAUGUUGCGGUAGGCGACGGACACGUCCUCCUGCUCGUGCAGGAUGGACGAGUCUUCGCUGCUGGCGACAAUCGCAAUGGUCAACUAGGUCUUGGGUCGAAGGCUGCAAGCUAUAUCUCAGACUGGUCGGAAGUCAUGGUUCCAGAUCAUCGUCGUUGCACUGCAAUAUAUGCGGGUCCGAAAGCAUCUUUCUUUCAGACCACAGAAGGCUGAAGCAAGUGAGUCGGUUAACAACUCCAGAUGGCCGCUCAGACCAACCCCCCACUAGCGUCCUUUCCUCAGAAGCACAACACGAAUUUCCAGGCUGGUGGUCGCUGCUAUACUGCCGCCUUGGCACGUAUUUGGGUGGACUUCGCACCAACCUGCUGAUAUUCAUUUUGCCUCGGCUUCUGGCUUUCAAAGCUGCGUCCGCGCAUUGUUAGUACCAUUGACCUCCCCCGACUUUCCAAGAUACACCGGCGCAAGAGUCAUGGCUAUCAUGCAUUCAGGAGUCAGAGAUCGUGUCUUCAAUGGCAGGAAGCAAACAGGCAAGCUGCAUAUCGCCCAAGCUAAUCCAAACACUACCACGCCCGCCGUCCCA